CCGCAAUCAAAACCCUAAUAGGAUUAGUGACGAAGAAGAGGGAAAACCUCCGGCGGCCGCCAUCCUCACUUGAUUGGAAGUUUAGUUCGUUCUGUAUUUUUGGGUUAACCGAAGAAAUUCAUAACUAAAACAGCAGAGGGAGAGAUAAACAAAAUGGCGAUAGAGAGCUAUGUGGUGGUGCACAACAUAGCCAAGAGGCACAACGUCGGGACUCUGGCCCGGAGCGCGACGGCGUUCGGCGUCACGGAGCUCAUACUCGUCGGCCGCCGCGACUUCAACUCCUUCGGCAGCCAUGGCUCCACCUCCCACGUCCGCUUCCGCCACUUCCAUUCCCUCCUCGAAGCUCGCCAAUUCCUCAAGGAGAAAGAUUGUGAUAUAUGUGGGGUGGAGAUAACAGAGGGAGCUCUCCCUGUAAAUCAACAUCCUUUCAAGAAGAGCACAGCUUUUCUAAUGGGUAAUGAGGGGACGGGACUUUCUGCUAGAGAAUGUGAGAUCUGCGAUUUCUUUGUUUACAUUCCACAGUAUGGAUGUGGGACUGCCUCAUUGAAUGUUACUGUGGCUGCUUCCAUCGUUCUUCACAACUUUGGAGUUUGGGCGGGAUUUUCUGAGCGGAGCCGAGAUGGGAACAAGUUUGUUGUAGCUGAGAGACCAGAGAAGCAAGUGAGAUACAGUGCUGAAACGGAAGAAGCGAUCGUGGAAGAGAGGAAGUGCAAAAGAGAGAAUGCAGCUAACGGUGGGUUCUUUGAGGUGGAGGACGGUGGGAAGGGAGAUUCGUCGUCUGCAGCAGCAGCUAACCUUCUUGAUACCUUGUUUAUAGACGACUGAAGUGAUUACUGAAUGCACUGGAUUUCCAGCAUGGCAGAGGCUUCAAGGAGGACUGAAUUAUCCUCUGACCUCCACAAGUCAGUGCCUUGUUGUGGAGAAGAUUGGUUUUCAGGCACCAUCGGAGGAUCCUUCUAUGAGUCCUAGCACCCUAAACAGCUCAGAGAAUUUACAGCUGAUGGAGCCAAAAACUUUAAUGUUUCAGAAGAAGCUGUUUGAUGAUUGAGAUGAGGAUAGAAUCCCCACAUGGCCCAGGUUUUACACGCUCAAGUCAAAUGCUACCCCAUUUCCUAUGUGUUAUUGUUUCAAAAGCUUAAACAUUCUUCUUGUACACUUACUCCACAAAGUAAGCCUAACCUUUGACUUGAAUGUCGUUUCUGAAGCCUAUUAUUGUUCCCAUUCGAGUUUGAUUAUCCACCCAUUGUAUGUCAAAGUUAGGCCAACUGCCCUGCUCCAUAUGGCAUCAUAAAGAAAGGGCAAAAACGAUGUAUGAAAGCUAUACUUUAAAGAUGUAUUAGAGGUAUCAUUUUGACUCCCAAUCGCCCUUGUUUAUUUUAAAGGUAAAGCAGCCAACUCUCAAUCAAGCCCUUGUGUCAAGGCAGUUCAGUAGCUUCAGCCGGCGAUCUGCACGAAGAAGAACAAGAUGGAUCAAAGCCUGAAACUUUCCCCCUAAUCCAUCCUAGCGAGAAGAAGAGUUCUUUCAGAAGCUUAGAACAUGUUGAGCACAGUGAGCAGAGCUCUAAGGCUGCUGCUGUCCAAGAUCCAAUGGCUGGUGUGGAAGCGCCCAAGGCCAAAAGUGAUCAUAAGAAGGCUGGGGAAGAAGAAGAGCUCCAAAGAUCGCUGCAAAUGGGACGCCACCACCCAGAGAUCGUCAAGCUUCCGGUUGCGAAAACUGAAUCUUUCCAACCCACAGAAGCCAAUUCGAGUCGCCACGUUCAACGUCGCCAUGUUCCACCUUGCACCUGCAAUUCCAAGCUCAGAUGAUGGUCCGACGAAAUUGGGAUUCGAAGAGGAGAUGUUGGAGGAACGGCUCAAGGCGGAUCUCAGCUACCACCAUCCAAAGAGCAUCCUGAAGCAAUCCUCUCCCGCGAAAUCCCCGUCGUCGAAGCUGAAAGUAUCGAUCAACCUCCCCGAAAACGAGAUAUCUCUGGCCAACAUGGGCGGUGGGGGGAAGAAGUUCUUGAGCAUUGUGGAGGAAGAAAGGGAAGGUUCGUCGAGGAUCAUCGCCAGCAGGAACUACCGGAGCAGCGUGGUGAUGAGAUCACCUGUUUCUUUGCCUGCAAGUUAUGGUUAUAUGACGAAGCCGCAUAGUGGUGAAGACAGGUUGAUGAGUGGAAGGAGAAGCGUACUGGAAGUGAUGAGAGAAGUCGGUGCAGAUGUUUGGGCGCUGCAAGACGUGAGGGCGGAUGAAGAGAUGGAGAUGAGGCCAUUGUCUGAUCUAGCUGCUGCACUGGGGAUGAAGUAUGUGUUUGCUGAGAGCUGGGCGCCGGAGUAUGGGAAUGCUAUCCUCUCCAAAUGGCCGAUUCGAAGGUGGAAAGUUCAGAAGGUUGCUGAUGAUCAAGAUCACAGGAAUGUGUUGAAGGCCACGAUUGAGGUGCCGUGGGCAGGAGAAGUCGAUGUCUACUGCACGCAGCUCGACCAUCUCAACGAGAACUGGCGAAUGAAGCAGAUCAACGCGAUCAUGCAAUCCAACGACUCCCCCCACGUACUGGCUGGAGGUUUGAACGCUCUGGAUGGUUCGGAUUACUCGUCCGAGAGAUGGAUGGACAUUGUCAGGUACUAUGAGGACAUAGGGAAGCCGACGCCUAGGACGAAAGUGAUGGAGUUCAUGAAGGGUAAAGGCUACAAAGAUGCAAAGGAAAAUGCAGGGGAAUGUGAGCCCGUGGUGAUCAUCGCCAAAGGCCAAAAUGUUCAAGGGACGUGCAAGUAUGGUACGAGAGUGGACUACGUUCUAGCGUCACCAGACUCAGCGUUCGAGUUCGUUCCAGGAUCGUAUUCAGUGAUCUCAUCCAAGGGCACCUCUGAUCACCACAUAGUUAAAGUCGACCUCACAAAAACAGGGCAGUCUUACAAAAGGAAUGAAACAGGUAGAGUGCAGCGCAAGAAACCUAAGCAGAGGAUCGUGAAGAUCACUGAACCUUGGUGCUCUGGAGGCAUUUGGAAGCUAGAUCCAUAGAGGGGCAUCAUGGUCAAUUUACGGUACUUGCUAUGUUUUCUAUACUUGAUUUAGGCUAAAGAUUUAAGUCGGUAUAAUUAGGGCCUAUUGCUUGUAAGUUGUAACUAUACAUGUAAUUUUGUGUUAGUAUACAGAAGAUAAUCAGUUGUAAAAUAGCAUUAUUUGGAAACACAAAGCAUGGAUAUGAAUCUUUUUGACCUCAUAGUAGAUGGAGGAUUCGUCUCCCGGUGCGUUUAAUAUACGAGAUGCAAUGUACGAAAUAUUUUCAGUAUUAGUGUGUAAGAUUUAGC